CCUGCCAAAGGCCUUUGUGGGACUCAAGACUCCGGCUGGCACCAGACCAGGAGAAUUACAAGAAGGAUGAAGAAGUGAUGCUGAGCUGCCCUGAGGGUUUCCAGCCGUCCUUCACCCACAUCAAAUGUUCGAGCGAAGUCCGUUCCAUCAGCUAUGGGAAACCUGCAUACAGGGAAGUUUGGCAUGGAAGGGACAGCAGCGGCAGAUGGAUCCGCAUUCAGUCCGACGUGAGGUGCAUGGAGGUCCUCCAGGUCCUCCCUGAGACCCUGGAGAUUUCCAGCACCACCAUCAAACUGAACUGGACGUGCAGGCUCCCUGACACCUGCCAGCGCAUGCGGGCCACGUGCCGUCUGGCAGGGCCUUCCUCCCCUCCCUGUGAGGCUGAGGAGGUGAAGGGAGAGGAGAUGCUACAUGGCCAGGAGGGAACAUUCACCUGCCCGCCUCUGCAGCCCUUCACUGUCUACAGUGUCACCAUCUCCCUGCCACCCAGUACGAUCCUGUACACACGGCUUCUCAGGACAAAGGAAACAGUGCCCGACAAACCAGAGAAGCUGUGGCUGGAUCCCAGCACGGGUUCCCUCCGGUGGCAGGCGCUGCCCUCCUGCAAAGGGGAGAUCAUUGGAUACCAGCUGAACAUCACGACGAGGAGCACACGGGACGGCCGCUUCCUGGAGAUGGAGCGGCUGCGGCUGAGCGGCUCCGUCACGGAGCACCCGCUGCCUGAGCACAGCCCCGGCAGCAGCUACGUGGUGACGAUGCAGGGACUCACGGCUGCCGGAGCUGGGGCUGCAUCGCUGUGGGAGUUUCAGACCAAGAGUUCAGACACCCCACACCCUCUCGACACCAGCUGUCGCAGUGUCCGCGACAUCUCCCCAUCUCAAGGGACAGCCGUGCUUCCCCUCCGCCCCAUUGCCCGACCCUCCCAGGCGGCGAGGGAGCACCAGCUCAUCGUGGCUGCGACGCACAACGGCACAGCGGUAGAAGGCGCCUGCCUGGGGGAUCCGCAGUCCUUCAACGCCAGCCUGCAGCCUGACACCUACACGGCCGCCGUGCUCAACCUCACCGCCCCCACAGACUUUGUGCUGGGUGACGGGACCCAUGGGGAGGGUUACCACAAUGCUGCCCUCCAGCCGGGCUCCAACUACACGGCCCUUCUCCGCCUCGUCCACCGCUCACAGCAGGCAGAGAAGUUCACCUGUGUGUGCUACAGCUUCUCUCUUGGGCAGGAGCCGAUGCCUCUCCUGGCAAGGAUGCCCGUGGUUGUGGCAGUAGCCCUGGUCAUUGCACUCCUGGCACUAGUGAUUUUGCUGCUUUUUGUGCUCUUCAGGCGAAAAUACAAGUCAAAACCUGCGGAGAACAACAGCACUAUCCCCCUGCGAAGAUGUCGAGGAGGUGUGUGCAAGAUGAACACACAGAUCCCAGUGGAGGAACUGCUGGAGGCUCUGAAGAGGUUUAAGAGGGCAGAAAUAGAGGCAGAGCAGACAGAGGAUGAAUCAGUCGAUAGGCGUGAUGCUGGGCGUCUGAGAGAGUAUCAGCAACUGUCCUCCACUUUGUUGUAUCCCUGUGAUGCCGGGAAGGAGCUGUGCAAUCAGAGCAAGAACCGCUACAAAAGCAUCAUCCCAUAUGAUCACUGCCGUGUGGUGCUGCAGCACUCCAACACGGGGAAUGGCUACAUCAAUGCCAGCUACGUGGAUAGCUACCGGAGUCCAUGCUUCUUCAUUGCAGCUCAAGGCCCCUUGCCUGGGACAGUGGUGGAUUUCUGGCAGAUGGUCUGGCAGGAGAAGACGUCGGUCAUUGUGAUGCUGGCGGACUUAGUGGAGCAGAACAAGAUCAAGUGCGAGCAGUAUUGGCCAGAGCAGGAGCAGGUCUAUGGGGACUUCACUGUGACACUCAACAACACAAGGACCACCACGGGCCUUGUCACACGCAUCUUCUCCCUGCAGAAGGCAGGCUGUGCUCUCCCAAGAGUAGUGGAGCAGUUUCACUAUCUGCUGUGGCCAGACCAUGGCAUCCCAAGAAACCCUGCCCGGCUCCUGUACUUAGUGGAGGUGGUGAACAAGAGGGUGCUGGAAACAUCUGCUGGACCUGUACUGGUGCACUGCAGUGCAGGGAUUGGGCGGACAGGUACCUUCAUUGCCCUGGACUUCCUCCUGAAGAUGGGGAAGGCUGAGGGGAAGGUGGAUGUGUUUCACUGCGUGCAGAAGCUGCGGGAGCAGCGAGUCAGCAUGGUUCAGACCAAGGAGCAGUACACCUUCCUGUACGAGGCUCUGCUCGAAGCCUUGCUCUGCGGCAGCACAGGGGUCCCAGUGGAGAGCAUCGCCCGCCAUGUCCACUGCCUUCAAGAAGCUGAGACCUCAAGGAAUAACAAAGUCCUUGAGAAGGAGUUCAAGACCCUGCAGAAGUUUUCUGAGUUGUUCCAGCUCCUGCCAUGUAGAGAAGCAGAGAAACCCAGCAACCAGCCCAAGAACCGCAAGCCAGGGAUCCUUCCAGCGGAUUCCUGCCGGCCCAUUCUGAUGUCCUCGCUGAACGCAGAUGGCUCACCAGGUUACAUCAAUGCCAUAUUUGCCAACACAUACACUGAGGAGGACAGACUCAUCGUCACGCAGCUACCUUUCUCCAGCACACUGGUGGAUUUCUGGGCUCUGGUCUGGGAUUACACCUGCACAUCAGUGGUUGUGCUGAACCAGCUCCAGGAGCUGGACAAGACAUAUGUGGAGUUCUGGCCCAGCCAGGGAGAAGCUACCUACGGCCAUUUCCAUGUCCACCUGAUCUCAGAAGAGCCUGGAGAUGACUUUACAACCUGCACACUUGCCCUCACCAACAGCCAGCAGCCCAAGAAGUCUGCACUGCAAGUCCUGUUCUGGCAACUGAAGGACUGGCCCAUGCAGCAGCGUCUUCCCCCUCACCCUGCCACCAUCAUCAGCCUGCUAGGGAAGGUGGAGACACACCAUCGGCAGAGCCGAGAUGGACAUAUCCUUGUCACCUGCUGGGAUGGUGCCAGCCGGAGCGGAAUCUUCUGUGCUGCUAGUUUCCUGUGUGAGCAGAUCCAAAGUGAGGGUCUGGUGGAUGUAUCCCAGGCUGUGAGGAUGCUGAAAAGGCGGCGGAGACAGCUGAUUAAAGAUGUGGAGCAGUAUGGGCUCUGCUACGAACUAGCCCUCAUUUACUUGAAUUUAUUUGAAACCUAUGGGAAUUUCAAGUAGAGGCAUGGCCACAACCCAUCUCUGGCCAGGACUUUGACUUUCUUGACAGCCUACCGUCAGUAACAGUGGAAAACCAGGGACAUAAGAGGGGUGUGCACAGCCCCAAGAUGCUUUACUCCUCUGAAAAGCCACCCCAGGGAUCCUCUGCAUCUGGAGACCAUCGGCUGGACUGUCUCCAGAUUGUGGUCAGGCUUUGAAACAGAAACCCAAUCCUUUGCCCAGAGUUUGCACAGGAACUUAUCUGGAAUCACAUCCUGAGUAUACAGACCAGAGCAGAGGCAUCAGGACUUGACCUGUCUGUGUCAGCAACGAAAAGAACCAGCUGUUCCAUCCAGGCUCCCUUGUCCCUUCAGACAGACCCAGGGAAAGUGGCAUAGCUCCACCAACACCCAAAUUGUGUUUUGCCAAGGGACCAUCAAACCGAUGUGUCGUGGUUUAGCCCCAGUCAGCAGCCAAGCCCCACGCAGCCGCUCGCUCACUCCCCCCUGGUGGGACGGGGGAGAGAAUCGGAAGAGCAAAAGUGAGGUAACUCAUGGGUUGAGAUAAAGACAGUUCAACAGGUAAAGCAAAAGCUGCGCAUGGAAGCAAAGCAAAACAAGGAAUUCAUUCACUCCUUCCCAUGGGCAGGCAGGUGCUCAGCCAUCUCCAUUAAAGCAGGGCUCCAUCACGCAUAACAGUUACUUGGGAAGAAAAACGCCAUCACUCCGAAUGUCCCCCCUUCCUUCCUUCUUCCUCCAGCUUUAUAUACUGAGCAUGACAUCGUAUGGUAUGGAAUAUCCCUUUGGUCAGUUGGGGUCAGCUGUCCCGGCUGUGCCCCCUCCCACCUCCUUGUGCACCCGGCAGAGCACGGGCAGCUGAAAAAGUCCUUGACCAGUGUAAGUGCUACUUAGCAACAACUAAAACGUCUCUGCAUUAUCACCACUGUUUCCAGCAAAACUCCAAAACGUAGUCUCAUACUAGCUACUACGAAGAAAUUUAACUCUAUCCCAGCUGAAACCAGGACAGUAUCCACCCCUUAUUCCAUUCAAUUUACAUCAUGCUCAGGUUCCACACUAUCCAAUACAACCUCAUUAACCUCCACGCCCCCCGCCCCCUUCCCAUCCUUUGAUAAAAUACACAGAUAU